UUAUCAAAACCAACAUUAAACCCAAACACAUACCAAAUCCAAUCUAACUAACGAGAAUCUCUUCAAUUCCGUUCAUUAAAUCCUCUCGUAAAACGCAAUCGCUUUUAUUCAUCUCAUCCCCGUUGAUUCGUCCUCUCGUUAAAUGGGUGUCUUCUCGAAUCUUCGAGGACCCAGAAUUGGAGCUGAAUCAGGACAUCUAUCCAAUGCCAACGGCUCUCCUUCUUCUUCUUCUUCUUCUUCUUCACCCUCUACGUCACUCAAGCGGAAAUUGUCGAAUUUGUUACCAAUCUGCGUUGCUCUUGUAGUUAUAGCCGAGAUCGCGUUUCUGGGUCGCCUCGAUAAAGUUGCUUUGGUCGAUACGUUGACUGAUUUCUUCACCCAGUCUCCGUCACUCUCCCUGUCUCCACCGGCCAGAUCCGAUCGGAAGAAGAUCGGAUUGUUUACAGACCACUGCGAGGAGUGGUUGAUGAGACAAGAUUCACUUACUUAUUCUAGAGAUUUUACUAAAGAUCCGAUUUUUAUCUCUGGUGGAGAAAAGGACUUUCAGUCGUGUUCUGUGGAUUGUACAUUUGGAGAUAGUUCAGGUAAGACACCUGAUGCUGGGUUUGGAUUAGGUCAUCAGCCUGGAACUCUUAGUAUAAUCCGUUCCAUGGAAUCAGCACAGUACUAUCCAGAAAAUGAUCUUGCACAGGCACGACGGAGAGGUUAUGAUAUUGUGAUGACCACUAGUCUAUCAUCAGAUGUUCCUGUCGGGUAUUUUUCUUGGGCGGAAUAUGAUAUUAUGGCUCCAGUACAGCCAAAGACCGAGAAAGCUAUCGCAGCUGCUUUUAUUUCUAAUUGUGGUGCUCGGAAUUUCCGCCUGCAAGCACUUGAAGCCCUGAUGAAGACUAACAUCAAGAUUGAUUCUUAUGGUGGUUGUCAUCGGAACCGGGAUGGAAAAGUUGAUAAGGUUGAAGCGCUUAAGCGAUACAAAUUCAGUUUGGCUUUUGAGAACACUAACGAGGAAGAUUAUGUCACCGAGAAAUUCUUCCAGUCCCUAGUUACUGGAUCCGUCCCCGUGGUAGUUGGUGCUCCAAAUAUUAAAGAAUUUGCACCUUCUUCAGACUCAUUCCUUCACAUAAAGCGUAUGGAAGAUGUGGAGCCAGUUGCAAAGAGAAUGAAGUAUCUCGCAGCUAAUCCUGCUGCUUAUAAUCAGACACUAAGAUGGAAGUACGAGGGUCCUUCAGAUUCUUUCAAGGCACUUGUUGAUAUGGCUGCUGUACACUCUUCUUGCCGUCUCUGCAUUUUCCUGGCCACGAGGGUCCGAGAACAAGAAGAGAAAAGCCCGAAUUUCAAGAAACGACCGUGCAAAUGCACCAGAGGAGGAUCAGACACUGUUUAUCAUGUUUUCGUUAGAGAAAGAGGCCGGUUUGAUAUGGAAUCCAUCUUUUUAAGGGGUAAAAAUCUGACUCAGGAAGCUCUAGAAUCCGCAAUUCUCACCAAAUUCAAGUCUCUUAAACAUGAGCCGGUUUGGAAGAAGGAAAGGCCUGUAAGCCUAAAAGGAGACAAUGAGCUUAGAGUACACAAGAUUUAUCCACUUGGCCUAACUCAACGACAGGCUUUGUACAACUUCAAAUUCGAGGGAAAUUCGAGUCUAAGUACACACAUCGAAAACAACCCUUGUGCCAAAUUUGAGGUUGUCUUCGUCUAGUAUCAUUCCUAUGGAUAUGCUUCAGGUAUCAUCGCAGCUGUGAAGACGUUUCCAUGUGCUAGAAUCUCAAAGUGAAAGAUUAGAUGAACUGAAACUCAAAAGGUAAUUUAGUUAUGACAUUGGUGAAUGCAUUUUGUUAGGGAGGUCAGAGAGGGUCUUAUGUAAAUUGUUCAGACAUUGCAGAUGAUUUGUGAGUGCAGAGAAAUGUUUGAGAUUUUAGAGGAAUCUAAAUAGUUCUGAAUUUUUCUUAGGUUUUAUUAUACGUUAUUAUUAAGUUAUGAGCAAAAUAAUACAUACGUGGACAUGAAUGACAAAAUAUUUGAUUCAAUUAUAAAAGAUAAACUAAUAAUUUUGUUUUC